CACCCAACCGAUGUAGUAUUGAGAAGCAUGAGAACCCUCUCUCUAUGAAGAACUCUCAUUUCAACCCUAAUUUUCCAAAACCCUCCCUCAGCGCUAUUCGUCCAUCGGAGCCAUUACGCGUCGUCGCCGCUACGCGUUGUCGCCGCUGCCGCUGCUCGUCGCCGUUGCCGCUGCGCGUCGUCGUCCUUGCCGCUUCGCCCAAACCUGAAAAUUUCACUAUUCACUAUUUACCCAAAAUAAUAGCUCAUUACAAAUUUUAAUGAUUUUCUAUCUCUGUCUUGGAUUUUAAUUUAUACCUGCUACAUGAUUUAUGUUGAUUAUGCUUAUUUCUGCCCUCAUCAAGUGUUUUCUUCUGAAUGUAGGUUGGAGCGCAACACUGUGAAGAGGAAAAGGGUUUUUGCUACCUUAAAGGUUUUGGGGACAGUACUUGAGCAGUUGAGUAAAGAAAUUCCUGAUGAGGUUCAAGCAGCUGUUUCAGCUUUGAAGUAUUACAGUGGCUUGCCAGAGUUGCCUAGGGGCUAUUUCAUUCCUCCUACAAGGAAUGCUAACAUGUUCGAUUUUUUGCAGUGUACUUUUGGAUUUCAGGUCUAUAUACAGGGGUUUCCAUGUGUUGCCAAGUCAAAUUUGGUGUGAUUCUUUCAAUUGUACAGAAUUUAUUUUCGGGUUCUUGAACCAAGUUUUCUGUAUCUCUGUUAUGCGGUGAAACUAAAUUGUGAUAUUUAUUAGAGUAUGUUAGUGAUGGUGGGCUAAUCUUAGUAUAGGCUGAGCAUUUGUAUAUAUGACACUUUUACAGGACUUUUAUAGUCUCGUACAUUUAGUGAUGGAAUCAUGCCUAGGAAGGCAAGAGGUGACAUAUUGAAGGAGCCAAGAGGAGUUGGUUAGACAUGAAGGUGUGGGCCAGUCAAGGCCCAAUGGGCCCGAUGGGCCUGGGAAGGGCCAAGUUGAACUUUUCAUGGGCCAUAUUUUGUUAUAGCUAAUUUCAUAUGUUUUGUAUACAUGAUGUUAGUAUAGGUAUCAUAUAUUUUGGUCUUGUAUUUUGGACCACAUAGAAUAGCAUUUUAAGUUUUAGGCUAGUUAGGCCUAGUUUUGGGCUUCAUGGGCCUUUGGGCUUUUGGUACCCAAUAUUGGGCUCAUUUUCAUUCUUGUAAUUUUUCCUUUCCAUUGUAAUUGUUUGACCAAUGUAAUUAGGUCAUUAGAAUAGGAAAAUACAAGGAAUACUAAAGUAUGCUAAUUAGGUUAAACUAGGUUUAAUUUGGAAGCCAUUUAAGUUACAUUUGAGUCACAUGUUUUGCACCAUUGGUGGCUGAACAUGUGACACUCAAAUUAACCCUAAAUGACUCUCAAAUCAGACCUAAAUGCACCUUGGUACCUAAAUUUUCGGACUUACACAUGUGCACCAAAGUUUGAAUUCAAAUUUCAAAUUUGAAUUCAAACUUUAGGCGCCAAUUUGUGUAGCUUUGGUUUAGGUGCCUAUGUGCUUCAUUUCCGUGCAUACUUAAGUCCUCCCUUCACAUUUUUGUAUUCACUUUUGAGAAUAAUGAAAUUUGAGAGCUUAUUCAGCCAAA